AUGGCCGCCCUUCGCAGCAUUCGGUCACGACAGGAGGUAAUCAAGUUCUGCUCCAUCGGCUCCGACUUACUCAGUGGCCCUCCUUGCCUCUCCUUCCAAAGGUGGGAGGCGGCGCUAGAGGCGCUGGAAAAGGCCAAAAGUGACGCCACCAUCUUGCCGCCUGUGACGUCCUUGUCGGUUCACUCCGCGGGUGAGUCCGUGCGCCACUACCACAAUGUUUACUGCAAAUGUGUGCGACUGACGGUGCUUCCUAUUACUCGCUGGCGACAGUGGCGUGAAGGGCUGUGCUUUUUCAGGGGCGAAUCAUCCAGCGCAGAGGCAGGACCACUCGCCACGCUGUGUCGUCGGCUUCUCCUAGCUCAACAAGAAUGCUUCGCUGUGGCUUUCUGGGGAUGCUGCUCAAGUGUUGCCCUCCGUCUGGAGUUGCACCUGGCCUCUCUCCCCGCGGCCGCGGCAUCCGAGGAGGUUGACGAUGCAAGUGUCGAUGACGAUGCGUCGUUGGAGGAGGACGAAGUCGGCACCGAGGACGUGGAUUUGUCCCUUGCUCGUCUCAGGCGUCGUUGCUUCUCUGUACUUUACCAAUUUCAGCGUAUCGCCCACGACGCCGCGCAUCUCUUUGGCUUCUACGCCGUGGUUGGUCGAAGCGAACGUCAGUGGCUUACCGACACAUUCCUGCUGGAGCGGGAUGAGAAGGCGGCAGAGGCGCUUGUGCGACGCAGUUUCAAGCGGGAUUUCGGUGUUCCCUCGAUCGAACUCGAGGGAGGGGGACUCCUUGACGAGUACUCCUCCUUUGAGGUAAACGAGGGGAAGAGAAAGUCGCUGGAGAAGCGGGCGAAGGAUACACUCAACGGGGCGUGGUGUUGCAAGGCCCGUGAUUUGUUUCAGUACGAGUUGAGGCGAGAGAACGAGGGUCGAGCCGACGAAGGCGUCUACGAUGAUGCCGGGAACGAGUUGACUGACCUGCUUCUCCGAUGCCUGCAGGAAAAAGUGGGUAGACCGGAUUUGGCCUUCGCUGUGACAAUGCGCCGCAUAUUGGAGAAGGAGCCGUUCCCCGCCACGGUGGAUCUUGCGCGUGUGGAAGUUGCCCUUCGUAUGUUUCUUCAGUGGUUUGAAAAAUAUACGCGUGAGCGGCACCAGGGCGACAUCCCCCUCUUCCUCGAUGCAGACCUCUGGACUUUUGUGCUGGAGCGACAUACCGAACUUCUGAAGUGGGUGGUGUUCCAUUACUGCCACGACGAAUUCGCAGCGGAUGUGGCAGGCGCCUUGGAGGCUGUAAAGGUAGUGGCUUUCUCUGUUCAGCAAUGCCUCGAGGUGUACCUUGCUGCGGCUGCCUCACGGCGUUCGUCUAGGGGCGACAAGCAACAGUUGGAGCGGGAUGCGAAGAAAACCGUGUGCGAUUGGCUGGAACGAACCGUCGUGAGCACUUUCCUUAGCGCCAUUCAACACCGCUGCACCGAGGCAGCGGCAGCGGCAACUGCAGCGACUGCUGGAACUCCUACCUGUGCCCCUGUCCCGGCACUUCUUGCUGCGCGGACCGAUGUUGUAAAAGUGCAGUUGUUGUUUCUUUGCGAUGAGGUAUCGGUUGUGAUGCACGCAAGGCAAAUAUUGAUUCCUGCCGUAGAGGCCGGCUUUAAGCAGAUGCAACUGCUUGCGGGGGACACCGACGCCGCCGCCUUGUCAGAUUGGACGAUGUGUAUGCUCAGCCUGCUGAGUUGCUUUCGCCGUUCGCUAUCUCAUUUGAGGGGCGGCCCUGUGGCUGCGGUGGAUUUGGUCCUUGCGCUGCACUCUCACUAUCAAGCCUUGCGGCGGCUUUCGCCGCCCUCGAUGGCUGACCUUGUAACAGAUGCGUGGAUUGAGUUCCUUUCGGGUGAGGGAAGAGGGGCGCUUGGGACUCGCCAGGUGGGACUUCUUGACGCGGCGCGAGUACGUGGCGCCUUCGGCGGGCGCCAUUCUGCUCUAGAAAGCAGUGGAAAGAAAGCGGGUCAAAAACGGCCACGCGACGAGUGA